AUGGUUUUAGGGAUGUACCCAAUGAGGCUUAUUUGGAUUUCAAUGGCUGCCUGCUUAAUUACUGUACAAUAUGGAUACAAUAUGUGGUUACUCUACACCCCUUUUGUGCUCCUGCAUGACUUGUUCAACAUAACAACCUAUGAAGAGAUGGAAGAUCCAGGUUCUCAGAUGUACAUUGUGGCUAUCACCCUUGCUUUAUUUCCACUUGGAGCCAUUUUUGGGUCCAUUCCUGUUGGUUAUCUGGCCAAUAGAUUUGGCAGGAAAGGUGCUGUGAAGAUAACUACCUUUUUGAGUCUGAUCCCUCCUGUCCUAUUGGCUGUUGGUAAUAAAGUAAAUGUCUAUGAAUUCACAAUUGCUGUACGUUUCUACACUGGGGUAUGCACAGGACUAAUCUCCGUUGUUGUUCCUCUGUAUCUUGGAGAGAUCGCCCCUGGAAGCGUGAGGGGAGCUGUCGUCAUGAUGUCCCAGCUAUUUUAUUCUUUAGGCCUCUUUAUGGGUCAGCUAAUUUUUCUCCACAUUGUCGUCACUCUAUCUUCUUGCACAGGUUACGUGAUUGUGAUGGGCAUUUCUGGGGUCAUGCCAAUUUUUCAGAUCAUACUACUACCCUUCUUUCCUGAAAGUCCGAGGUAUCUGCUCAUUCAGAGGAAGAAUGCAGAGAGUGCAAGGGAAGAACUGAAGGUGCUGAGAGGCAAGGAUGAUGUGGAGAAUGAAAUGAACGAACUCCGUCAGGAGGACCUCUUUGAGAAAGCAGAAAAGAACAUGACUACUGCUAAACUGCUAUCAUCUCCAAACCUGAGAACGCAGGUCAUCACCAUAGUUGUCUUGACAGGUGGUGCACAGCUUGACGGCAUUGGUGCGGUGCACUAUUAUGUAGAUAUAAUCUGCAUGGCUGCAGGGGCAGAUGAGAAGAUGUUGCAGUGGCUUCGUAUGGUCACAAUUAUUAUUGGCUUAAUUUCACUCUUGAUCGCGAUGUAUCUCGCUGAUUCUAAGGGACAUAGGUAUCUGCUUCUGGUUGGCUUUUUGAUGUGCAGCAUCGUCUGUAUUCUGUUAACCAUGGCCCUGGAAAUGCAGGUCACCAUCAACGAGAUGGCGUAUGUCAACAUACUUUUAGUCCAAGUAUUUGUCAUAGCACACUCCGUUGGGCCAGGUCCACUUCCAAAUGUAAUUGUGGUGUCAAUGUUCCUUCAGUCGUCACGGGCCUCAGCCUUUGUGAUUGCGGGAUUUGUGCAGUGGUUCACACACUUUCUUAUGAUGAUGGUGUUCCUUCAAAUUGUGACAAAAAUCGGGACCUACAGCUUCCUUAUGUUCUUGCCUUUCUGUGGAGGCCUGUUUAUUUAUAUCUUCAAGAAUUUCCCAGAAACCAAGAAUAGGACCUUUGUGGAUAUUAGAAGAAUCAUAGCACUCCAGAAGCUUAGGAAGACCAAACUUAAGAAACCAACAGAAAAGUAG